UAGUACAGUAUAAUAAUUGUAAUGUAAACACUGAAUAUUUUCAUUGCGAAUUGCUUUAAGAAAACGAGUAUUUAAAGGAUUGCAUAGGGAAAAGCAUGGCUACUCUUGCUCGUCAUGUUAAUUUCAGUCAUUUUAAACUUUCUCAAAGUUCAAUAUUCUCUAAAUUAUUGAACAAAUCUAAAAUUAAAGAUUUUAAUCGAUCUGAAAGCAACACUUCUCAGCAAAUUCCAAAAUUAGAAGAUUUUGACAGACCUCAAUUUCCUGGCGCUCAGUCUAAGUGGACAGAAAAGUUGGAAUUUGUCAGAUCAGAUAUUUAUGAUGGCAUUCCUGUAUACAGAGUUAUGAACAGAGAUGGGAAUAUUAUAGAUCCUUCCCAAGAUCCGAAGCUUGGUCAAGAUUUAAUUACAAAAAUGUAUAAAGGCAUGACAUUGCUAAACACCAUGGAUAGAAUCCUUUAUGAAUCUCAAAGACAAGGGCGCAUUUCUUUUUAUAUGACCAGCUUUGGUGAAGAAGGUACACAUUUUGGGAGUUCUGCUGCUUUAGAUCCUCAAGAUCUAAUAUAUGGGCAGUACAGAGAAGCUGGUGUUUUGAUGUAUCGAGGCUACACUUUGGAUCAAUUCAUCAAUCAAUGUUACGGAAAUAAAAUGGACAUAGCGAAAGGCCGGCAGAUGCCGGUUCAUUAUGGUCUAAAAUCUUUGAAUUUUAUGUCUAUAUCUUCACCUCUUGCGACUCAAAUGCCUCAAGCAGUCGGAAGUGCUUAUGCUUUGAAGAGAUCCCAAACUGGUCUUUGUGUGAUGUGCUAUUUUGGAGAGGGUGCAUCCAGCGAAGGUGAUGCUCAUGCUGCAUUUAAUUUUGCUGCCACCCUUAACUGUCCUAUAAUUUUCUUUUGUCGAAACAAUGGGUAUGCCAUAUCAACCCCUACGCAUGAGCAAUACAGAGGAGAUGGAAUUGCUGCAAGAGGACCGGCCUAUGGAAUACCAUCUAUUAGAGUUGAUGGAAAUGAUAUUCUAGCUGUGUACAAUGUGACUAAAGCAGCCCGCCAAUUAGCUGUUGAAGAAUCUAAGCCAACUUUGAUUGAAGCCAUGACAUACAGGAUAGGCCAUCACAGUACAUCAGAUGACAGCAGUGCUUAUCGCUCUGUAGAUGAAGUGAGGUUUUGGCACCAGAAAGAUCAUCCUAUAUCUCGACUACGAAAAUAUAUGGAAAAUCAAGGAUGGUGGGAUGACUCCAAGGAAAAAUCUUGGAAAGAAGAAACUAAAAAACAAGUCAUGCAAACAGUUGUAAAAGCAGAAAAACUGAAAAAAGCUUCAAUUGAUGAGAUGCUGAAAGAUGUCUAUGAUGAAAUGCCACUUCAUAUUCAAGAGCAGUUGCAAGAAAUUAAGUCACAUGUUCAGCAGUAUCAUGAACAUUAUCCUGUGGAUAAUUAUGAAAAAAGCUAAAUUGUUUGAUUUUUUAAUGGAAGAAGAAAAUGGCCAAUGGUAUUCGUGAAAGUUAUAAUUUGUACAAAUAACCUUGUUAAUUUUGAUAUGUAAUAGAUGUAAAUAUAUAUCUAUUGUUACA